AUGUUGCAAUAUUUUGUUGGUAAGUUAUUUGGUGACUUACCACCUAAUUUUAAUUUUAUAAUAGGAAAGAAAGUAGAGUAUAAAAUUAAAAUAGGAUAUUAUGAAAUUUAUGAAGGAUUUAAUAAAAAUAAUGAGGAAGUUAGUAUAUUUAUAUAUGAUAAAAAAAGUAAAGAAAAAAAUAGUAUUAAAAGAUAUAUUACGAAUCAUUUUAAUUACUCUAAAAAAUUAAUCCACCCUAACAUUUUAAAAGUUUUAUAUACGUAUGAAAAUGACAAAAGAAUCUAUAUAGUAACAGAAAAGUGCAUUCCACUGAUAUAUGAAAAAAUUAAAAGUGAUCCAUUAUGGGGCAUAUAUGAAAUAAUUAAUGCUGUUCACUUUAUUAAUACGUAUAAUUAUAUUCAUUGUUUAAUAAACCCACUUUCUGUAUUUGUUAAUUCAAGAGGGAGAUGGAAGUUAUCCUUAUUUGAUUGUAUUCAUGAAAAAAAUUCUAGUAUAAAUAAUAUUUUAAAUGAUAUUAGAGAUCAUUUAUUUUAUGAUUAUGGUUUUAAAUUAAAAUUUCAAAAUCAUAUUCAUUCAACUAACAUUGAUGCAUAUGGAUUAAUCAUUUUAAUGAUUUGGUCGUAUAAAAAUUAUGUUUCAUCAACAUUGUGUGUUGACUGUUCUUUUUCUUUAGACGUUAAAAAUGACAAUACUAAUAAUAAUUCGAACAUUAUAAAUAAUAAAAUUUCCUUUAAUAAUUAUAAUAAAAACUCCUUCUUAGAUGAUAUAAAUAAUCAAGAUGCCUAUGAUUUAGGUGAAAAUAUUUUUAAUAUAGAUGUUAAAAAUAGCAAAAAUUGUAUACCUAAAAACCUUCAUAUUAUAUACGAUAUAUUAAGUAAUUAUAGUAGUAAGGAAAUUGACUUCAAUAAUAUAAUAAACAGUGAUAACUUAAAAAACAACAAUAUUGUAAAUAUUAUGCUAUUUUUAACAGAGUUACAUAUGAAGUCAAAAAUUGAGAAAAAUUAUUUUCUCGAAGAAUUGUUUAAUAAUCUUGAUAAAAUAUCUGUAGAUAUAAAAUUUCAAAUGAUUUUGCCUGAGUUAGUUCAGAAUAUUGAAAUAUCAGAAAAUGUUUGUAAUUGUUUGAAAAUUAUUUUAAAUAUUUCGAAGGAUUUAUCACCAUAUGAUUUUCAAAAAUUCGUGUAUACUACUUUUGUUAAAUAUUUUUCAUUAACUGACAGAUCUAUCAGAUAUGUAUUGUUAGAAAACUUUCAUUUAAUUGAAAAGCAAUUGGAUAGUAAUAAUGUAAAUGAAAUUUACGAAGCAUAUACUUAUGGAUUCCUAGAUAACAAUAUGUCUAUUAAAAAUGAAAGUAUAAAAAAUUUCAUAUAUAUAUUCCCUAAAUUGAAAAAAAGUUUAAGACCAUCAUCUAUUAAUUUAUUAAUAGGAAAUUUAAAAGAAAAUGACUGCUGUAUAAGAACAAAUACAAUUAUAUGUAUUGCGAAAAUAUCAAAAUAUAUAUUAGAAGAUAAGCAAAAUAUUCUCGAAAAUGUAUAUCAAAUUGGAUUACAAGAUUCUUUUAUGCAAACAAGAACAGCAACAUUGCAAUCUAUUAAAUUUACAUAUGAUCAAUUUAGUACAAGAAAAUUUGUUUCAAAUAUAUUACCUCUUUUAAUUAGUUCUCUAAUAGAUAACAAUGUGAAUGUACGAAUGUAUGCCUUUGAUGCUUUAGAUCAUGUUUUAGUUCAACUAAGAAAAGAUUUGCUAGAAAACUGUAAAAACGAUAAUAAUAAUUUAGCAGAUUCAAUUAAAACAUAUAAAUUCAUGGAUAAAAUUAAAGAUAUUAUUAAAAACAAAUGUGAAAGUAAUACAGAAAUAAAUAAAAAGGAUGAUAAUAGUUCCAUAUAUAAAAUUAGUGAACAAAAAAAUAGUUUGAAUUUGAACGAUUUGGUUGAUGUAAAUUCAAAUUAUGAUGUUAAUAAUAAUAUUGAUAAUGACAAAAAUACUAAUGAAAUAAAUGAAAGUAUAAUUGAUAAUAAUAUUUUAUUGUCAAAUAGAAAUUCUAAAAAUAAUGUUUCUCAAACUUAUUCUUCAGAAAAAAAUGUUACAAACAAAAUCGUAAAAAAUGAUUUUGUUACCCAAAAAAAAUUAACAAAUAAUUAUAACUACAAGAAUAAUAUGAUAGGAAAACAGAAAAGUUACUGCAAUAUUAAUAAUAAAGAUUUAAUAAAUAUCAACGUAACUGAAUUAAAUGAACAAAAAUUACUUCCUAACUUUCAAAGGAAUAUUGAAUUUAAUACAAUAGAUAAAAAAUUAAAAAAAAAAGUUGAUAUAGAUAUAGAUGAUUUUUUUAAUGAAUUUGAUUUAAAAAAAGAAAAUGAUAAUUCUAAAGUUAAAUUAAGUUCACUUUUAUGA